AUGUCGUCGAAAGUCAUCCCCAUCACUUCCGCCCAGCACUUCAAGUCCACCGUCGCCUCAUCCACCUACACCGUGGUAGACUUCUACGCAGGUCCGUCCUUAAGCCGCCCUGCCACCCUCCUUCCCCCAUGAUUCGCCUCGAUGUACUUGUUGUACUGACCGCUCCUCCAUCUCCGUCGUCUCCAGACUGGUGCGGCCCCUGCAAACAAAUCUCCCCCAUCUUCGAACAACUCGCCGCGCAAGAAACCAAACCCGGCCGCAUCACCUUCUGCAAAGUAAACGUCGACGCCCGACAAGAUGUCGCUUCCAUCUACGCCAUCCAAGCCAUGCCCACCUUCCUCGUCCUCAAAGGCAGCAAGGUCGUCGAGACCAUCCGCGGCGCCAAUCCUGCCGCUCUGCGCAGCGCCAUCCUCUCCGCGGCAGCAGACGCCGCGCGCGGUCCCGCGAAACAGAGCGCUUCGUUUUCGGGAGCGGGACAGAAGCUGGGGUCUGAUGCGGGAGGGAGGACGCUAGGAGGAGGUGGUGGUGGAGGAGGACAAGCUGGGGCUUCGUUGCCCAGUCUACCGAAUCUCAACAUUGGACAACUCCUGUCUUCGCCGGCUGCGUUUGCGCAGGGAAGAGGUCUUCCGCAGCUGAUUGUGCGGUUCUUGGGCCUCUAUCUUUCGACGCUAUUGAGCUUUGAUCCCAUGCGCACGGCCCAGGAAAGCCCCUUUGCAGUCAACAAGGGCAGCGCGAGUAUCAAAACUCGCUAA